GCGUCCAGUUCAGGGGACCUCCAAGGACGCCGAGAGGCCCUGGUCUUCCCGGAGGGCCGGGGCCCAUCUCCAAGGGGACAGGGGAGGCUAUGCCGAAGCUGCCGCGACCUGGUACCCCACGGACAGCCUUAGCGACGGCUUUGCCACCCUCCACUCCGCCUGGCCCGCAUGUUCCGGCGCCCUCACCAGGGCAAGGACCAGAGACGGAGGUGCCGCAAUAUGCGACAGCGGAGGCUGGCACGGAUCCUUCGCAAUGA